AUCAGAACAGCAGGUGGCGCCUGCAUGUAGCUGAUAUCCCAGCUGCCGGGCCUCGCCAACUAAACAACGUUUUAAGAGAAAGCAUUAGACAUCCACCAGGGCUGUGCGUGGAUUUUUUUCCGAACACAAUAACUCCAAGUGCAUUGCAAAGCUUGAAUCUCACUGUGGGUGCAUGCUUGAGUGGGAGCCCUGUGUGUGUGUGUGAGUGUGUGUGUGUGUGUGUGUGUGUGUCACUGUGGACAGGCGUGGCAGUGGGCUGGUCCAGGCGCACCGAGCGAGGAAAAACAUCCUCUGACUUGGUACCAGCUGAGGCCCUGAAAUAAUCCCACAAAGGAACCUCGGUUUGGGUGUUAUAAUUGUAAUUAACCACACAGCUCUGCUUCUUCCUGAGGUAUACGGCUUCGGGGCCGUGGGUGUGCCGCGCCCGCAGAGAACACGCGCUCCUGAGGAUGCUCUGAGGCAUCCCCUCCCACCUCUGGUUGUAAGACACUGCAGAACAGUAGAAGAUGAGCAAGUCCCCGACCCCCAAAGGCACCCCGGUGCAGCGCAGCCCCAGUGAUGGGGUCCCUGAGAGCCUCCCAUCUCCUCAGCACUCCACACCGGGCUCCGGAUCCCAGCAUAAGAAACGCAUCUCCAGCCUCAUCCAGAGUCCGUCGUUCAGGGAGGAACUGGACGUGCUGAUCCAGGAGCAGAUGAAGAAGGGGGGCAGCUCCUCUAACCUCUGGGCUCUGAGGCAGCUCGCUGACUUCAUGUCGUCUCACGGCUCUCCGGCCGCCCUACCCGUCUCCCCUUCCAACAUGAUGAUGGUGACCCCCAUCAACGACCUGCAGAGCUGGGAGCCCGGCAGCAUGGUGAAGGGGGAAAGGUUGAUGCGCUGCAAGCUGGCGAGCGUCCAUCGCCUGUUCGAUCUGUACGGCUGGGCCCAGAUCAGCCGCACAUGCCUCACUCUGCGUGUUAGUAAAGAACAGGAACACUUCCUGGUGCUGCCACACGGCCUGGCCUACAGCGAGGUGACCGGAUCCAAUCUGGUGAAGGUGAAUAUCCUGGGUGAGGUGGUGGAGAAGGGAAGCACCAACCUGGGCGUGGACACGGAGGAGUUCAGCCUUCACUCAGCCAUCUACUCCGCCCGGCCUGAUGUUCGCUGCCUGCUCCACCUCCACACGCCGUCCACAGCUGCUGUUUCCUCGAUGAAGUCCGGCCUGCUGCCACUGUCCCAUGAGGCUCUGCUGGUCGGCGAUGUGGCGUAUUACGACUACAACGGGGUGAUGGAGGAGGAGGAGGACAGGGUGGAGCUGCAGAAGAGCCUGGGCCCGACCUGUAAGGUUCUGGUGCUGAGGAAUCACGGCAUCGUGGCUUUGGGGGAGUCUGUGGAGGAAGCCUUCUACACCAUCUUUCACAUCCAGGCUGCCUGCCAGAUCCAGGUGUCAGCUUUGUGCUGUGCCGGUGGAGAGCAGAACCUGAUCAUGCUGGACCGGAGCAUCCACAAACCCAGCGUCGCCGGCACCGUGGGCUGGGCCGGCUCCACCUUCGGACCCCUGACCAAGACCCGCAUCGGGGAGCACGAGUUCGAGGCCCUCAUGAGAACCAUGGAUAACUUGGGCUACCGCACAGGCUACGCCUACCGGUUCCCUGUGCUGCUGGAGCGGUCGCGGACGCGGAGGGAUGUGGAGGUUCCCGCUACAGCCACAGCUCACCACACGUUCGAUGACGACGGACUCCACCCGGCUCUGAGGCAGCACCCGUUCGCUCAGCGGCAGCAGCAGGAGAGGACCCGAUGGCUCAACACCCCCAACAGCUACCAGAAAGUCAACCAGGAGCUAAACAGCCCGGGGCAGCGCACCACUUGGUUGAAGUCUGAAGAGAUAACACAAUCUGGAAGCACGGCCAUCAAGAUGGAGACCAAUCAGUUUGUGCCUCUUUUCACCAACCCUCAGGAGGUGAUCGCCACACGAAACAAGAUCCGACAGCAGAACCGUCAGGACAUGAAGACGGCAGGACCGCAGUCUCAAGUCCUCGCCAGCGUUAUAACAGUCGACAGUCCUCCGUCUCCUGUCGACACUCCUAAAGUCCCACCAGAACCAGAACCACCCAACCCCUUCAACCAGCUGACAGACCAGGAGCUGGACGAGUACCGCAAGGAGGUGCAGAAGAAGCAGGACGGAGGAACCAACGGGGAGGAGGUGGCAAAUGACAAGGAGUCUUCCCCCGCUGCCUCCCCCACAAAGAGUCCCCCUCCUCUCUCAGAAGAGGAAAAGCCCGACUCUCCAGCCAUACAGAACGGAGGCGAGGAGGAGAAGCAGACGACGGAGGAGCUUGAGAAAGGGAUGAAGGCUCUUUCCACCAACGACACCUCCUCCACGCCCGCCGCUCCGCCACCCAAACCACAAGGGGGCACCCCCGAGUGCUCGCCCUCCAAGUCCCCGUCCAAGAAGAAGAAGAAGUUCAAGCCGCCGUCGUUCCUGAAGAAGAGCAAGAAGCAGAAGGAGAAGGCCGAGACCUGAGGCCUUCAGGGACACCUGACCUCGGUGAAAUACCACAGUGAAACAUCUCUUCAGUGUGUGACUAAAGCUAACCACAGCAGCAGAUCUAGAGUCAGUUAAGAUGUGCUACGGUGUACUAACUUCACUUACAAAUACUUUAUUGUAACACUGAUGCUCCAUCUCAUUGGUGAUUCACUUUAAAGGGAGACACUACAGGUGAACAGGCUUAGAUUAUUACCUAAUAGAUAAAGCUAUCAAGCUUCCCCAGUACAUAACUUACAGAAGGACAGUUUUUUUUUUGACAGGUUAAGUUUCAAUACGCAAAAGAGGCCUUUUAUUAUUAAGUGUGUGCUGAUUCGCAUACAUUUACGGAACAGAAAUUUGAACAUUGGAUAAAGCCAUUGUUUCAUUUUGUUGAAAUAUUACAACCUAAGGUUUUUCAGAGGGGAUUUUUGAUAUCCCUUCAAACCUUACCGUAACCAAACCAAACCAUAAAUCAGUCUCUCCCAUAAUUUUACAAAAUAAAACAUUCUGUAAACCAGGCUUUGAAGGGUGUGUGAACAAACCCCUCUUAAUAAACUUCAGAAUAAACACAGGAAUUCAACUAGAAAGGUUGGUUAAUGUACAGUAAGUGCUACUGAAGGCGAGAUUUCUGGCUCAGAGUUUGAGAAAAAACUCAUUUUGAGAAAUCAGCAUUUAAAGAUAUACAUGUUAAAGUUAAUGUUGUACACACUACAUGUGAAUAGAGCAAACAUGACUUAAGAUAUCGACAUGAAACUCCCUCCAGUUGAUUAUUAACAUUAAGACAUGUUGGUUUAAAUAUGCAAAAGAGGCAUUUUAUAAUAAUACAUUUAGGUGAAUUAACUAAAAAUCUGCAGACACAAAUGUGUUUUUCUUAUAUUUCAUUUCCAGUAGUCUGAAAGUUAUAAUAUGUGUGCCUGUAGUGUCUCACCUUAAGCAGGUUAAAACACACUGAUCAUGUUGUUCACACAGUAUUUGGCCCAGGUCCGGUACAGUCUGACGCUUCUUGUCACACACUCAGUCCCUGUAUUACUCACGUCUUAUUUUCACCUGCUGUGCUAUCAAACCAUUACUUAACUUCACUGUAUAGACAUUCGGACACUGUUUCUUUAACGGGGGUUACUUGUGCACUCAGAAUUGUUUUCCUACCAUUUUUGUUUUUAGCCACUACUUUGCAAGACACGGCGGAAAUUGACCACCCCUUGAAUUAUGCACCAAUUAUCCAUGUAACUCGACAUAUGUAUAUUGACAUUUUAGUAUGUUGCGUUUGUUCAAUAUCAUAGGCAUCUUCUAGUCAUUAUUUGGUUUUAAUUAUCAGAUAGAUGUUGCAGGUAUACCAUGUGAGCACAGGUGCAGUACAUGUAGAAAUACACUGAUAGCUUCUGAUUGUGCUCCUCUGAAUGCUGGUUCUUUGUGAAAAUAUCAGCCAUUUGACGUUAUCGCAGCAGGGAAGAAUAAAAAAGAAAAGAAAAACUGACUCGCAACAAAACAAAAGUCGCUUUAAAUGCCUCCAGUAACCCAAAAAAGGAUGAAGCAUAAAUAAUGUGUGGCUUGCCGAUUCAGUUUGAAACCCAGUAAUAGAAGAUACUGAAGGUACUAAACAUUCCACUUUUAUCAUUUUCUUUGAAGUGUAUGUGUGCAAAAUACCUCUUAACAGUUGUAUUUACUUUCAGUUUUAACCAGUAGCUGUUAUCAGAUAUGCUGAUGUGUGAUGUUUGCUUAUGGUUUAAUUUAUUUUAUAUUAGAAUGUAUAAGUGAGUGUUGCAAGGUUACCAUGUAUCAGUCAUUAAAGAUCAAGUUUGAUUUAAAAUCAACUCGACAUCAA